AUGACAAACCUGUAUCAAAAGACCUACCUUGCCCGGCGGCCCCCUGCCCGAUGCGUGACCAGGGUAGUGCAAAAGGAAAAGAAAAAUCUCUUGCUCAAAAGUCCAUACUGGACUUUCCUCAAGCGGCAAGCGGGAAACCCACCACCGAACAUCGGUUGGACGGUGGUCACCGCCAAUGGUGGUGACGCUGGUGAGGUGGUGGUGUCGUUGGAGGCCGGGACCACGGGCGGCGGCGGUGCGGUAUGA